AUGAGAAAAUGGGUGCCCUCAGCGUUGAAAACCCUCAACAUGGCGAUCUCAAUCUGGGGCGGCAGCUCGGUUUGCGGCAGCAACGUCAUCCAGCUGGGCAAGGCGGUCGGCUUCCGGAUCGUCACCGCCUGCUCCCCGCACAGCUUUGACUGUAAACCACCCACUAUUCGCGAGGAUGUGGCCGCCGAACUCGGCAAGGGCGUCAUCUACAUGGCCGUGGGCCAAAACGCCACGACCUACCAGGUCCCCGAGAGCAUCGAGGAGAAGAUGGGGUUCGGCAAGGGAAGCGCCGAGAAUAUGGCAAGAGAGGUGCUAGACACUUUCAAGAAGGGGUUCCCGUUCAAGAAGAUUGCCUUCGAGGCUGUGUAG